AUGGAAUGUGGAAAGAGUUAUAGUCGUAACGACAUUCUUAAACUACAUCAGCUAAUUCAUACAAGAAAAAAACAAUAUGACUGUGUGGAAUGUGGGAAGUGCUUCAGGGAGAGUGGAAAGCUUACAAGACAUCAACGGACUCACACAGGGGAGAAACCAUUUAAAUGUAUGGAGUGUGGAAAGAGCUUCAGUCAAGGUUCAGGCCUUAUUUUACAUCAUCGAACCCACACAGGGGAGAAACCAUUUAAAUGUAUGGAGUGUAAAAAGAGCUUCAGUGAAAGGGGAACACUUAGAAAACAUCAACGGACUCACACAGGGGAAAAGCCAUUUACUUGUAUGGAGUGUGGAAAGAGCUUCCGUCAUGCUAAUUCACUUAGAGUACAUCAUCGGACUCACACAGGGGAGAAACCAUUUGAAUGUCUAGUGUGUGGAAAGUGGUUCAGCCGAAAGGCACACCUCACUUCACAUCAGCGAACUCACACGGGAGAGAAACCAUUUAACUGUUUGGAAUGUGGAAAGACUUCCUCUGAUAGUGAAAUGCAUGCACAACAUCAACGAACUCACACAGGGGAGAAACCAUUUAACUGUAUGGAGUGUGGAAAGAGCUUCAGUCAGAGUGGAGCCCUUUUGAGACAUCAGCAAACUCACACAGGGGUUAAACCAUUUAAAUGUGUGGAGUGUGGUAAGAGCUUCAGUCAAAAUUCACAUCUUACUUUACAUAAACAUACUCACACAGGGGUAAAACCCUUUAAAUGCUUGGAGUGUGGUAAGAGCUUCAGUCAAAAUUCACAUCUUACUUUACAUAAACAUACUCACACAGGGGUAAAACCCUUUAAAUGCUUGGAGUGUGGAAAGAGCUACAGUCAAAAUUCACAUCUUACUUUACAUAAACAUACUCACACAGGGGUAAAACCCUUUAAAUGCUUGGAGUGUGGAAAGAGCUACAGUCGACGUGAUAAACUUAGUAAUCAUCAGAGAACUCACACAGGAGAGAAACCAUUUAAAUGUAUGGAGUGUAAAAAGAGCUUCAGUGAAAGGGGAACACUUAGAAAACAUCAACUAAUUCACACAGGGGAAAAGCCAUUUACUUGUAUGGAGUGUGGAAAGAGCUUCCGUCAUGCUGGUUCACUUAGAGUACAUCAUCGGACUCACACAGGGGAGAAACCAUUUGAAUGUCUAGAGUGUGGAAAGAGCUUCAGUGAUAAUGGCACACUUGCUUCACAUCAGCGAACUCACACGGGGGAGAAACCAUUUAAAUGCUUGGAGUGUGGAAAGAGCUUCAAUCGACAUCAUAGACUUCGUGAACAUCAGAGAACUCACACGGGGGAGAAACCAUUUAAAUGUAUGGAGUGUGGAAAUAGCUUCAGUCAGAGUGGAACCCUUAGGAGACAUCAGCAAACUCACACAGGGGAGAAACCAUUUAAAUGUAUGGAGUGUGAAAAGAGCUUCAGUCACAGUGGAGCACUUAGAACACACCAGCAAACUCACGCAGGGGUGAAACCCUUUAAAUGCUUGGAGUGUGGAAAGAGCUACAGUCGACAUCAUACACUUCGUGAACAUCAGAGAACUCACACGGGGAAACCAUUUAAAUGUGUGGAGUGUGGAAAGAGUUUCCGUCAGAGUGCACGCCUUACUUUACAUAAACAUGCUCACACAGGGGUGAAACCCUUUAAAUGCUUGGAGUGUGGAAAGAGCUACAGUCGACGUGAUACACUUAGUAAACAUCAGAGAACCCACACAGGGGAGAAACCAUUUUAA